AUGCGGAUCACUGAAAUUGUGAUAGACGGUUUUAAAUCGUACGCCGUGCGAACGGUGAUCUCGGGAUGGGAUGAAGCAUUUAAUUCGAUCACCGGUCUCAACGGGUCCGGUAAAUCGAACAUCCUCGAUGCCAUCUGCUUUGUUCUCGGUAUCACGAACAUGAGCACGGUCCGCGCGCAGAACCUCCAGGACCUCAUUUACAAGCGUGGCCAAGCUGGUGUCACCAAGGCCAGUGUCACCAUCGUCUUCGACAACCGCGACACAUCGAAAUCGCCCAUCGGAUUCGAGGAAUACGCCAACAUCUCCGUUACCCGUCAGAUCGUGCUGGGCGGUACCAGCAAGUACCUCAUCAAUGGCCACCGUGCGCAACAGCAGACAGUGCAGAACCUCUUCCAGAGUGUUCAGCUUAACAUCAACAACCCCAACUUCCUCAUUAUGCAGGGUCGCAUUACGAAAGUCCUGAACAUGAAGGCGGUCGAAAUUCUCUCAAUGAUCGAGGAAGCAGCAGGUACACGAAUGUUCGAAGAUCGGAGGGAGAAGGCAAUCAAGACAAUGGGAAAGAAGGAGUUGAAACUGCGCGAGAUCGAAGAACUCUUGAAGGAAGAAAUUGAACCCAAGCUCGAGAAGCUCCGAUCCGAGAAGCGUGCAUUCCUGGACUUCCAACAGACCCAGAAUGACCUCGAACGCUUGACCCGACUCGUGGUUGCCCACGACUACGUACGCGGUGGGGAGCGUCUGCGGGUGGCAGGCGAGGAGUGCGACAACAAGAGAGGCAAGGUCCAGACACUGGAGGAGAGCGCCGACAAGCUGAAGAGCGAAAUUGCACACUUGGAAGAGGAUGUGAAACGAGUUCGAGCAGCACGCGACAAGGAGCUCCGAAAGGGCGGCAAGUUUCAAGCUCUCGAAGAUGAAGUCAAAAACCAUUCGCACGAGCUGGUUCGUUUGACAACCGUCUUUGAUCUGAAGAAUGCCAGCAUGGACGAGGAGAAGGAGAAGAAGAAGGCCAUCCAAAUUUCCGUCAGCGAUCUUGAGAAGGCAUUGAAGGAGAAGAGGAAGAUCUACGACAAGCUGCAAGCUCAAUACGACGCCGCGAAGGCAGAGCUGGAUGCGCAGAAUGUGGAGGUGGAGCAGAAGGAAGAGUUGCUCCAAACAUUACAGACUGGUGUUGCCUCAAAGGAAGGUCAAGAAAGCGGAUACCAGGGCCAAUUGCAAGACGCACGAAACCGAGCCAGCAACGCCGCCACGGUGCAAGAACAAGCGAAGCUCAAGAUUAGCAACUUUGAGAAGAGAAUCAAGGAGGAGGAGCCACGCGCCAAGAAAGCAAAGGAGCAGAACUCGGGCCUUCUCAAGGACUUAGAGGGGUUGAAAUCACAGGCAAAGAAGCUGGGGUCCGAGCUUACUCGGCUUGGCUUUGAGCCUGGCAAAGAGGAGCAGAUCUACCAGGAACAAUCCGGACUCCAGCGAGACAUUCGCGAGCUUCGCCAGCAAGCCGAUGGAUUGAGGAGGAAGGUUGCAAACAUUGACUUCAACUACCAGGAUCCUCAUCCCAAGUUUGAUCGGUCUAAGGUCAAGGGUCUGGUAGCCCAGCUGUUUACUCUGAACAAAGACCAAAUCCCAGCUGCGACUGCUCUGGAAAUUUGCGCAGGUGGCCGCUUGUACAACGUGGUGGUGGACAGCGCUGAAACCGGUACCCAGCUGCUCCAGAACGGUAAAUUGCGCAAGCGGGUCACCAUUAUUCCUUUGAACAAGAUCUCGACCUUUAAAGCAUCAGCAGAGAAGAUUGGAGCUGCCCAGAAGCUUGCACCUGGGAAGGUAGAUCUCGCUCUGUCUUUGAUUGGCUACGACGAGGAUGUGAUUUCGGCGAUGAACUAUGUCUUCGGCAACACACUCAUCUGCCAUGAUGCUGACACUGCUAAGAAGGUGACCUUUGAUCCUUCGGUUCGGAUGAAGAGCGUGACACUUGAUGGCGAUGUCUACGACCCCUCUGGAACCCUCUCUGGUGGUAGUUCCCCCAACUCCAGCGGAGUACUGGUUACUCUGCAGAAGCUCAAUGAGAUCACCAAGGAGCUGCGAAGUAAGGAGCGGCAGCUUGCCACCCUUGAGGAUAACAUGAACAAGGAGAAGAAGAAGCUCGACACCGUUCGGUCAAUUAAGCAGGAGCUAGAUCUCAAGGUGCAUGAGAUCAAGCUUACCGAAGAGCAAAUUAACAGCAACUCCUCGUCGUCGAUUAUCCAAGCUGUGGAAGAGAUGAAGGCGAAUAUUGAGCAGCUGAAGAAGGACAUGACCGAUGCCAAAGCCCGCCAAUCAGAUGCAAACAAGGACAUUAAGCGCAUUGAGAAGGAUAUGAGCGAAUUCAGCAACAAUAAGGACAACAAAUUGGCAGAACUGCAAACUUCGCUCAAUUCUCUCAAGAAGAGUCUCACCAAGAACUCAGUUUCUGUCAAGGAGCUUCAGAAGGAACUCCAAUCAUCCCGUCUCGACUCCGAACAGGUUGGAAGCGACCUUUCCGCAGCCGAGGAGCAGCUGGCCGAGUCGGAAAAUACGCACCAGGCCCAAGCGGAGGAGAUUGAGUCUCUAAAGCGUGAGCAGGCACGACUAAAGGAUGCUCAUGAUUUGGCCCAAGCCCAACUUGACGAUGAGAGGGCCAAGUUGACCGGAUUCGAUGAGGAACUGCGAGAGCUGGAUGAGACUAUUCAAGCCAAGUCAUCGCAGAUUACCGAAGAGGGCUUGGAGAUGCAGAAGCUCGGCCACCAGCUUGAGAAGCUGCAGAAGGACCAGCAAACUGCCGCUCAGGCUGUCUCUUAUAUGGAGCAAGAGCACGAGUGGAUUGCGGAUGAGAAAGAGCAAUUCGGCCGCGUCAAUACACCGUAUCACUUCCAGAACCAAAACAUCGCCGAGUGCAAGUCAACGCUGCGCAACUUGACUGAACGUUCUCAAGGCAUGAAGAAGAAGAUCAACCCGAAGGUCAUGAACAUGAUCGAUAGUGUCGAGAAGAAGGAAGCCGCCCUGAAGAACAUGAUGAGAACGGUCAUACGUGAUAAGAGCAAGAUCGAGGAGACCAUUGUCAACCUUAAUGAGUACAAGAAGGAGGCUCUCCAUAAGACCUGGGUCAAGGUCAAUGGAGACUUCGGUCAGAUCUUCAACGAGCUCCUACCCGGCAGUUUCGCCAAGCUUGAUCCCCCGGAGGGCAAGGAUAUUACAGAUGGUCUGGAGGUGAAGGUGUCUCUGGGCAAGGUCUGGAAGCAGAGCUUGACGGAGCUGAGUGGUGGACAACGGUCCCUUAUUGCUUUGUCUCUGAUUAUGGCACUCCUACAAUUCAAGCCCGCGCCGAUGUAUAUUCUCGACGAGGUCGACGCAGCAUUGGAUCUGUCGCACACCCAAAAUAUUGGGCGACUGAUCAAGACCCGUUUUAAGGGAUCGCAGUUCAUUGUGGUCUCUUUGAAGGAUGGCAUGUUCCAGAACGCCAAUCGCAUUUUCCGUACACGGUUCAGCGAGGGUACCAGUAUUGUCCAGGCCCUGACACCCGCCGACUUGAAAUGA